CAAAAAUGGCUUCUUUUCACUCCAUUUCAGUCAUCUCCCUAUGCUUUCAUUUCCUAUUCUCGAUCUCUCAAGCUCUUGUUCCUGCAUCAGAGACAUUCACUUAUGUCAAUCAAGGCGAAUUCGGACUCUAUAUUGUCGAGUACGACGCGACUUACCGUACUCUCGAGCCUUUCCGCAACCCAUUCCAGCUUUGUUUCUACAACACCACCCCUAAUGCAUACACUCUAGCUCUCCGUAUGGGUUUAGUUCGAUCCGAAAAAAUUAUGCGUUGGGUUUGGGAAGCUAACCGCGGUAAGCCAGUUCGCGAAAACGCCACAUUCUCAUUCGGUACAGACGGAAACCUUGUCCUGGCAGAAGCCGAUGGGCAAGUCGUGUGGCAGACGAAUACCGCGAACAAGGGUGUGGUCGGUUUCGAGUUGCUUCCGAACGGUAACAUGGUUCUUGUUGAUGCCAAGGGUAGUUACAUAUGGCAAAGCUUUGAUUACCCAACCGACACUCUCUUGGUGGGUCAGUCUCUAAUGGUCAAUGGUGUAAGUAAGCUUGUGAGUCGAGCUUCGGUUGAGAACAACAUUGACGGGCCGUACAGCUUAGUGUUGGAGUCCAGAAGGAUAGCUUUGUAUUACAAGACAAUGCUUUAUUGGGCAGAAUACCCAGGGAUAGACAGUGACACCAACACUUUUACGAAUUUAACUCUUGUUUCAGAACCACGGUAUCCUGACGAUCUUUCGAUUUAUUACUUGUUCUUUCGUUACCAUUUCAGGAAUUCGAACCCGUUGUUCUCUCCCUCAAAUAGCAACACGGUCUUCACAAGGCACAAUAAUACUUUGUCGUAUGUUAGACUCGGGAUAGAUGGAAACCUUAGAUACUUCACCUACAGUCCGAACGUGCAAAACUAUGCGUGGGACCAAUUCUACGCGUUGCUUGACCGCGAUUCAAGGGUAAGCGAGUGCCAAUUGCCGGAUCGAUGUGGGAAGUUUGGGCUGUGUGAGGAUAACCAAUGUGUGGCGUGCCCCACGCCGAAUGGGCUAAGUGGGUGGAGCAAAGAUUGCGAGGCGAAAAAGGUGACAUCUUGUAAGGCUAGUGACUUUUACUAUUACAAGCUUGAAGGGGUUGAUCAUUUUAUGAUCAAGUACACGAAGGGGGAUGAGACGAAGCAAAGCCAGUGCGAGAGAAAAUGCACGAGUGAUUGUAAGUGUGUGGGUUAUUUCUAUCACACUGAUCGAUCGAGGUGUUGGAUUGCUUACGAUUUGAAAACAUUGACGAGGGUUGGGAACUCGACGAAUCUGGCGUACAUUAAAACACCAAACAAAUAGGUGUGUCUAUGUAUAGACAUGAUGGGAAGUGUAAUAAAGAAUAAAUGUAUUUAGUAACGUUUGAUUCUGUAUGUUAUUUAAAAUUGUGUCUUGUGUAUGUUAAGUCUUAUGAUUAAUAAAUAAAAAGCACUAUUGAUUAUCUAGCUAAA